AUGGCCGUAUCAUAUGCUAGCGGGCUUCCAGCCGGUCGCUCACAGACUCUCCCACCUUUCCGAGAGUUACUACCUCCUCACUUGCACGAGGAGAUAGAUUCUACUCCAUUCUAUGCUUCUAGACAGCCUCAACAAGAUCGUUCUCCGUCAUAUAUCCCGGAAUCAACGAGACCGCGAUCUGUCCCAGGCUCUGCUCUCGGGUCUCCUGCGAAGCCACCCUCAAGUGACACCCUGUCUGACUUUGCCUCGCAACCGAUCAGGGUCGAGGAGACUCAAUUCGGAAACCACCGAGAACAUGGUCUUCCACAGCCCCAGCCUUCCGGGAAUUCAUCGCCCAUGGCUUCUGUCACAGGACAGCCUAUGCAGUUCACAUCUCGUGGACCUAGUCCGAUCUUGCCGCCGAUCCAUAAUCUACACUCUUUGCCUGAGCGCAAUCUGAGUCGUGCGGGAACUUCAUUCGACGAUACAGCACUCCGCCCAUCCUCGUUACCACGAGACUAUGCCCAUGAGGGCCUGGUCUUUGGCGUAAGGAAUCGGAAUGAUUUGGACCUCGAGAGACAGAGCCCGCCGUCUUACACGGGCAGCAGUGUCCCUGUCUCGGCUUACAAUCAGCAACCGUAUGAUACACCGCCAUACGUCCACUAUCCCCAAGCCUAUAGAGGGGAACUUGAAUAUCCAUCGCAAAUAGUUCCUAAUCCACAGCACUCCAACUUCGGUAUUCUUGGCGACCCGAUCGAUUCGCGGAGCAAACGCAGACGAGGGAAUCUUCCGAAGCCGGUCACGGAUAUUCUACGCGCCUGGUUCCACGAGCAUCUCGAUCAUCCAUACCCAAGUGAGGAAGAUAAGCAAAUAUUCAUGACACGGACCGGAUUGUCAAUCAGCCAGAUCAGCAAUUGGUUCAUCAACGCAAGACGACGACAGCUACCGGCAUUGCGUAACCAGAUUCGCAGCAAUGAAAACGAAAGGAUUCCGCAGCGACAAUCGCCCUUUAGCGAUACUGAACAAGCCUCGUCUCGUGAAUCUGUUUCCUCGCCGAGUCGCUCAGUACCCAGCCAACCGUAG